AUGGAUCGGAAAUGGAUGUUUUCCAAUCGAGCGUCAAAAGAAUACGAAGAUGGGGUUCAAGAGUUUGUUAGAUUUGCUAUUGCUCAUGCCGAAGACACUAGUAAAAUCAUAUGCCCUUGCUUAAAAUAUUGUUAUACGGAUGUUAGUGCAAAUGUUCUCUCGUACUUUGGUUAUAUAAUUAAUAAGUAUACAUUUUAUACGAAAGAACAUGAUCAUCAAAGCACUAUGCCAAAUAGCGGUGUCACACUCGUAGUUGAAUAUGUGCAUAUCUCAAGUUCCAAAGACAGAAAUCUCGCAUUUUCCAAAUUGUCAUAUUUUGGGGUCAUUGAAUGUAUUUGGGAGUUGGAUUACUCAUGCUUUCAAGUGCUUGUGUUUGGUUGCAAGUGGGUUGACAAACACAAUGGCCUUCAAGUUGACCCUGGGUUCAUGAAGGUUGAUCUUAAUAAAGUGAGGUAUAAAGACGAGCCUUUUAUUUUAGCAUCACAAGCUCACCAAGUAUUCUAUGUCACUGAUCCUGCCGAUGAAAAAUGGUCUAUUGUGUUUCUAAGUAACAAAAUAAAUGAUCAAAACACUCAAAGUAUAGAUGUUGAGGAUGAUCCUUUCUUUAAUACAUCACAAUCCCUUGAGGAUGAACCAAUUAUAGAUGAUAUUCUUUAUAUGAGAAACGAUCACAAUGAUGGGAUUUGGAUCAACCCAUCAUUUUAUGUAUCUAGAAAACACAAAAGUAGGAAUCCAAUUACAAGGGAGAGGAAAAGUCCGACUUGA